AUGCUCCCUGCGCUGAUUGUUUUCGACUUGGAUGCUUGUUUAUGGACGCCUGAGAUGUACGAACUGAGUGCGUCGCCAUCUGCAUACUGCAGCAAGCGGGGCGGUGUGAUAGCAGGCAGAGACACUGUGUCACUGUUUCCGGGUGCGCAGUCUGUCCUUCAACGGCUUUGCACAGAUCCGGCCCUAUCAGGAAUCCAGAUAGCUGUGGCGUCUUCAACAACAGAGCCGACGUUUGCCCACAAAUGUCUGGACGAGUUUCCGCUCCUCCCGGGCAAAUUCGAGAAGGUUGGCGAUCUAGUGAGGUUUCGCCAAGUCUAUCCCGGCAGCAAAGGAGGGCAGCACUUUCCAAAGCUGAAAGAUGAGUCUGGCGUGUCGUACGACAACAUGGUUUUCUUCGAUGAUUGUACUUACAGCGACAACUGUGCAGAUGUAGCAUCUCGCUGCCCGGGGGUGCUUUGUGUAAGGACACCCCGUGGCCUGACAGAGGAAGAUUUCGACCUUGCUUUGGCAGCUUUUGCUUCCGGAAAGAAGGGAGUCAUAAAAUGA